GUCAUUUGCAUAGAGAUGUCCUCCGCACGCAAGUGUGUCGUACCAUCAACGUACCAUACACAUAGUCGGAAUUCCUCGUCGAGCUCCAAUGCCGGAGGCUCCAGCCUGAGAUUCAUCGAACUUACGGUCACUUCAAAUAUCAUUCGCAAAAACAGCCGCUAGUCCGCACUGUCUUUGAUCUGGGCACUGAAUGUGUUCAUAUCCCGCUUGACUCCGACCACUGGCACCUUGGAACGGCACCCCUGCAUAGUUCUACCACUCCCGCGAGCCAUGUUUAGGGAGAACGCGCUCGCGCUCGGCGUUGCUUGCUCAUUGUCUGCAUUUCUGUUGAAAGUUGUACAGGCUGAUCUCGUGCUAACCGGCAUUCUAUGCAUUUGUGCAUUCCUCACCACUUCCGUUGUUGCUAAGGCAGACCGAUUAUACCCUCCUGGCCCGACUGGCUGGCCAGUCAUACGCAACCUGCUGCAGAUACCUCAAGAGCACCCAUGGCUCGCGUACACAGCUUGGGCAGACAAAUUUGGUGACAUCAUUCAUUUGGAAGCUCUCGGGGACCAUCUAGUCGUCCUGAACUCGGCAAAAGCUGCGAAAGAUCUCCUCGAGAGUCGCUCUGCUAUAUACUCAGAUCGUCCGUCCUUGACAAUGGCAGAGCUCUCUGGGCUGUGCGUGAAGAUCCCAAUGUCGCCCUAUAACGACAAAUGGCGCGCACAGCGCAAAAUCGUUGCACUAUCAUUCAAUCCGGGUGCGGUCUCGCACUAUCAGCCAGUCCAAGAGCUUGAAGCACGCAAACUCGUCAGAGGCAUCAUCCGAUCGCCCGAGACAUUGGUUAGCCAAACGAAGACACGCAUUGCCGCGAUCAUCAUGCGUGUCACGUAUGGGUACACCGUCAAACACGAUAACGAUCCGAUGAUCACCAUAGGGUUUGAAGCAAUGGAAAACUUCGGCUCUGCAACUGAACCGGGGAGGUGGAUGGUGAACUUCAUCCCGCAGCUUCGUUGGAUGCCACGCUGGAUGCCUGGGACGUCAUUUCUGCGAUUAGCAGAGAACUGGAGAGCGGUGGAUGACAAAGCCUCCUGGUUGCCUUACAAGUGGUGCAAAGGUCGGAUUGACAAAGGAUUCAUGGAAGGGCCAUGCCUGGUCGCGAGCGUGCUCGAGCAGCUCAAGGGUAAGAUGACUGGCGAAGAUGAAGCUUCACUUGUCUGGGCAGCAGCCUCUUGUUUCGGGGGUGGCCUCGACACUAAUAUGUCUACCAUAUUCACCUUCUUCUUGGCCAUGCUGCACCACCCGGAGGUUCAGGCCAAAGCCCAAGCGGAAAUCGAGGCCGUGGUAGGUUCAGAGUGUCUGCCAUCCAUAGCGGAUCGGCCGUCGCUCCCAUUUGUCCGGAGCAUCGUAGCGGAAGUGUAUCGAUGGUUUCCCGCUGCCCCCCUAGGCCUCCCCCACGCGCUCAGCCAGGAUGAUGUAUACGAAAGCUAUCUGCUCCCGAAGGCAUCAAUCGUCGUGCCCAACAUAUGGUAUAUACUCCACGACCCAACGGAGUUCCCGCAGCCGAACGAGUUCAAGCCCGAGCGGUUCGGCGGUGACGACGUCAAGAUGCGCAAUGUCACCGACAUUGCGUUUGGUUUCGGUCGUCGUACCUGCCCAGGCUUUCACUUUGCGGAGGGUACAAUCUUUGCGAUCGUCGUGACGGUCUUAGCGACAUGCGAAGUUGUGCCUAAGCUCGGCCAGGGUGGUAUUCCCAUCAUACCCGCGAUGGACUACACAAACGACAUUAUAGUAUUUCCCAAACAUAUUGUGUGCGAUAUCAAGCCAAGGUCAGCCCGAUCGCAGGAGCUCUUAGAGGCCUGGGCAUCCCAGAACGACUAACCAGGCCCUUGCAUCCCGUCCGAAUGUGUAUGAUCUAUGCCCACGAGUCGCUCUGUCUUCCAUCAUGCCGACAGAAACAUCUACGAGCUGUUCUCGUGCAGUGAGGCAGGUGUCCCGUAGAGACGACGCAGAAGCGGCGUACGUGUACAUACGACCAAUAUAAUGUAAUGAUGGCGGAGCACCAGGACUAUAUGACAGCAACUGAAACAUACAUUGUCCCAGUCAAUAAUAUCUAAG